AAAAUCCAGAAAAGAAGAAGAAGAAGAAACGUCACAUGACAAGGUGCUGCUGAGGCUUAAGCUAACGUGAUGGCAGCGUUCUUACAGUGGCGGAAAUUUGUGUUCUUUGAUAAGGAAGCUGUGUCAGAUCCCCUUGACAAUGGCAAAAAGUUUGUUCUUCCUAAAGGAAUAUCAGCAAGUGACUCCGGCCGCGGUCUUCUCGUUCUUGGAGAUAUGGAAGGCAGAAUCUGGCUGGUGACCCGAUCACUGCAGCUGACGUCAUUUCAGGCCUACAAGCUGCGCGUGACGCACCUGUACCAGCUGAAGCAACACAGCAUCCUCGUGUCAGUGGGUUUGGACGAGCACGGAAUAAACCCACUCGUUAAGGUCUGGAACCUGGACAAGAGAGACAGUGGAAAUCCGCUCUGCACCAGGAUUUUUCCUGCAAAUCUUGGCACCAAACCAACAGAAGUGUCCUGUCUCAGUAUACAUGAAAACCUUAACUUCAUGGCUAUUGGGUUUACAGAUGGCAGCGUUGUUUUGACCAAAGGUGACAUCACAAGAGAUCGACACAGUAAGACUGUGACUCUACAUGAGGGAAGUAGUCCAGUCACUGGCCUUGCCUUUCGUCAAGUGAAAUCUACCCAUUUAUUUGUUGCUACUCUGGAGAAAGUCUAUUGCUUCACCCUGUCCACGAAGGAGUAUCCAAAAGUAGAGCUGGAUUCUCAUGGCUGUGCGCUGCGUUGCUCAUCUUUGGCAGAUCCAUCUCAGGAUUCCCAGUUUAUUGUAGCUGGUGAUGAAUGCAUUUAUUUAUACCAGCCAGAUGGAAGAGGACCAUGCUUUGCUUUUGAUGGGCAGAAGCUUUUGGCUCACUGGCAUCGUGGGUAUUUGUUCUUAGUCAUCAAAGAUGUGAAGUCACCCAACAAAACAGGGUUUGGCGGAGGGGAGAUCUCACCAUCAGAGAAACAGCUUUUAACCGUCUAUGACCUGGACAACAAAUUCAUUGCCUAUAGUUUCUGUUUUGAUGAUGUUAUUGAUGUAGUGGCAGAAUGGGGCUCCUUUUACAUUUUAACUAGAAGUGGAACAAUGUUUCUUCUACAAGAGAAGGACACACAAACCAAACUGGAGAUGCUCUUCAAGAAGAACCUGUUUGUGAUGGCUAUAAACCUGGCUAAGAGCCAGCAUCUGGACAGUGAUGGACUGUCAGAGAUUUUUCGACAGUAUGGUGAUCACCUGUACUUGAAGGGAGACCAUGAUGGCGCCAUCCAGCAGUACAUUCGCACGAUUGGCAAGUUGGAGCCUUCAUAUGUUAUUAGAAAAUUCUUGGAUGCACAGCGGAUCCACAACUUAACAGCUUACUUACAAGCCCUUCACAGGAAGUCACUGGCCAAUGCAGAUCACACCACAUUGCUACUGAACUGUUACACCAAGCUAAAGGACAGCUCCAAGCUGGAAGAAUUCAUUAAGAGCAGUGAAACUGAGGUGUGCUUUGAUGUUGAGAUUGCCAUCAAGGUUCUUCGCCAGGCUGGCUACCAUCGCCCUGCUGUGUACUUGGCUGAAAAGCACAAACAUCACGAAUGGUAUAUGAAAAUCCAGUUGGAAGACCUCAAGAACUAUCAGGAAGGUCUACAUUACAUUGGAUGUCUGCCUUUUGAACAAGCUGAAAGCAACAUGAAACGUUACGGAAAAACACUGAUGCAUCAUGUACCUGAAGGUGCUACAUUGCUCCUUAAAAAUAUAUGUACCAACUACUAUCCUACUGGAGAGGCUGUCAGCGUGGACCAUUGUCAAGUUAACAAGGCAAAUUCUGAGGAAUUUAUUCCCAUUUUUGCAAAUAAUCCCAGAGAGUUGAAAGCCUUCCUAGAGCAUAUGAUCAAGGUGGACUCCUGUUCUCCCCAAGGUGUGUAUGACACACUGCUGGAACUUCGGCUGCAGGACUGGGCACAUGAAGAAGAUCUUGAGAAAAAAAAAAUUCUUCAGGGGGAAGCUGUGUCCCUUCUGAAGAGUGACAACACUCUAUUUGACAAGGCCCUGGUUCUUUGUCAAAUGCACAACUUUAAAGAAGGCAUCCUCUACCUUUACGAGAAAGGCAAACUGUAUCAACAAAUCAUGCACUAUCACAUGCAGAAUGAGGAGUAUGGCAAAGUAGUAGAAGUUUGCAAGCAUUAUGGAGACCAAGAAGGUUGCCUUUGGGAGCAGGCGCUUGGAUACUUUGCCAAGAAGGAAGAGGACUGCAAGACUUUUAUCAGUGAAGUCUUACACCACAUUGAUCAAAAAAACUUGAUGCCUCCAUUACUUGUUGUGCAGACACUGGCACACAACUCUACAGCCACUCUCUCAGUAAUCAAGGAAUACCUCAUCAAUAAGCUGAAGAGAGAGAGCCAGCAAAUAGAGGCAGAUGACAAAAAGAUUUCCCAGUACCGCGAGGAAACGUCUGUCCUCCGUUCUGAGAUAAAGGAGCUCAAAACAAGUGCAAAGAUAUUCCAGAAGACCAAGUGCAACAUGUGCAACAGCCCUUUGGAGCUACCUUCUGUUCAUUUCCUGUGCAGUCACUCUUUUCACCAACAUUGCUUUGAGAGCUAUGCAGAGAGUGAGGCAGAAUGUCCAACCUGCACUCCAGAGAACCGAAAAGUCAUGGACAUGUUGCGUUCUCAGGACCAGAAGCGUGAUCUUCAUGACCACUUCAACCGACAGUUGCGCAUCUCUAAUGACGGUUUCUCAGUCGUCGCAGACUAUUUUGGUCGAGGAGUGUUUAACAAGCUGACUCUGGUCACUGACCCCCCUGGUAGCAAGACUGUUGGAAGUCUAGAAGUUGACCUGCAGAGAGAUCUUCUCAUCCAUACCAAGAAAAAUAAUUAGAAAUCUCCAUUUAUGAGAUUGUUCAUGUCGGAAGCUGAAGUUUUCCUGUCCUAUUCAGGAAGUGUCUAAUGUAUUUUACCCCAAAGAUGCCAUUUAAUAUCAUGUCAAAUGCUGAAGCUUCUUUUGGUGCUUUUGGUGGACAUUUUUGCUCAACUGUGUUGAACUUGAUAGUGUUAAUUACUAGACAUUAUGACAGUUGUGUGUUUUAUAACCCCACUAAAUCACAGUAAAAAAAACAAAAAAAAAACAGGUAAGAGCCAUGCUUAUUUUUUGGUUUCCUUUAAAUGGGGAUUAUAAAAGAAAAAAAUGUAUUGUUGUCUGCCAUCUUUAAGGAAGAAUAAUAACGUAUCAUUCCGUGUAAAAUAAAAAAUGAAGAGUUGGCAUUGGUAUA